UCUCGUCAAUCGGUUCUUGAACAUUGCAAAAAUCAACCGUGUCAAUUGAUCAUCAUCCGCGCCAUGGGCUCAGGAAUCUCAAAGGUCCUGCGAUGGCAGCAUCACGUGCCUGCCGCAGACGUUUCUCCAGACACAGCAACCAAAUUGGGCAAGAGCAUACAGACGCAGCUUCCUUGCGAGCAACAUGAUACCUCCACCUCCGAGUCUUCGACUUCUGCCUUCGACACCCUCCCACAUACCAACCUCAUGGAUGCUGCCCACCCACCCCAGGGCUCUACCGGCCUGCCCGCCGACUCUGGACUGGACGAGGCUGCAAACGUGUCUGUACAUCUACCAGACAGCACGCCAGCAACAGAUUCCGUCGAUUCGCACGCUGCCGCUUUGCUAGACGCCAUGAGGGAAUUGCCCAGCGACCGUGACAUAUUCACCCAAGACAAAGUCGAGAAAGUCGAGCCGAAGAAAACCUGUCUGAUCUGCUGCACAACUAUGGAGAAAGACCAAGAAGCCAUCGAGGCUUGCACCUGCGGCAACUACUUCUGCAUCUCCUGUUUGAAAGACAUGUUCCUUCAUGCAUGCAAGGACAUCUCUCGCAUGCCGCCAAGAUGCUGCAACAUUAUUCCAAUCCAUUACGUCCGGCCUCAUCUUUCUGAAGAUGAAAUCGCUUUGUUCAGGCUCAAGUUUGAAGAGCGCAAUACUAAACAGCCAUUUUAUUGUCCAGUCGAGCGAUGCUCUGCUUUUAUUUCCAAUCGCCUUCUCCCGGAGCCAAAACUAGACAAGGGCAAGCAGCGUGUGGACUCGGCCAUCGGCACACCCAAGUCGUCUCUUGUGUCAUGCCCGCAAUGCGAGGCUGGAAUAUGUAUCGACUGUCGGAACCUCGCACAUCCGGGGGUUCCUUGUGAGCCAUUCAAAUUCGGUCUCGACAAGAAGACGGCGGAUUUGCUACAGCGUUGGGGUUACAAGCGAUGCCCUAUGUGUGGGGAAGGUGUCAAGCGGAUGUUUGGUUGUUCCCAUAUGGCGUGCCGUUGUGGAGCCCAUUUUUGUUGGCACUGUUUGGGUCCUCCUGAUGAUUGCGGAGACGAAGAUGACUAUUCUGAUGAAGAACAAGACAGCGACGUUGAAUCCUCCUCCGUGGUCGGACCCAUCGAAGAGGACGAAGGCAAAAGCGAAGAGGCUCAGACUGCGAGUUCGAGAAAUCUAGACGGCGGUGGACCUGCUCACUGGGAGAGCUCAGAUCUUGAUUUCGGAGAAGAGCCACAAAACGGACGUGGUGCAGUUGUAAUGUGCUAUCACCGUUUUUACACUCAUCGGGUAACGCUGAAAGAGUCCCUCGCCGGUACAUACUUGACAGCGACCAACACCAUGGAAUGCAUGUCAUGCUGGAGGGAGAUCUACCCCGAGGCCUCGCCAGGAGGCCUAGGCCUAGAUUGUCACAUUACAAAGCAGACCAUGAUGAUACCCGCUGGACCCCCCAGCUUACCUGCAGAUAGCGAGCGAGCACGAGAGUGGUCACGCAAUCGAGCGCGCGAGCACUAUGAGAACACACGAGCACACUCGUCACUCAAGAGAGAGCUUAGUGGAUAUGCGUCGUCCGUACCAGACUUGAACUCUCCAAUGGUCGGCCAACCUCCUAUAAGUUACCUUCACCGACCAAAUCGUAGAUGGUUCCAUGAAUCGUCUUCCGAGCGCGUGAUCGACACAUACGGAAACCUCAUCACCACUCAGGAACAUCCACGCAAACGUCGACGCUACUCCUUGGACAGUCUUACUGAUGCCCCUCCUCUGGAUGCCCACCUCCAGGAAAACGGAACAGAAAAGCCGGGCAAACGUGACCAAAGGAUGACUAAACUUAAGGGUGAAGGUGUUCAUUCGAGUGCCGUAGACAAGACCUCGCAGUCUUUCAGCCUAGCAUACCGCUGUAGCGAGUGCACGUUCAUUGUUUGCAGUACUUGCAAGGAUGAAAUGGAGAAGAUGAAUGAAGGCAUGAGUGAGGAGUUCGAAGCAGAAAUCGCGACGCGGAACCAUUUCGGGUUGGAGAACGAAAUGGACGAAGCGCCUGCAGCUAACGAAAGCACUCUCGGUGAUGCCGGAGAGGACGCGAAUCUACAAGCAUCUGCGGAAGGUAGUGUUGGGGAUGCCAAACCGGGUGUCGCUCCAAUGGGAAACCUGCAAGGGUACGUUGCGGUGAACAUGGAAGAGGCAGCGUUCAGACAGAUUCUUCUAGAUUGA